UCUCCCCUCUCUCAAAACAGAGACAGAGACAGAGAGAGAGAUCAAAGAAAUCGGAGAGAUGGGCAGAGGAAAGCUUGAAAUAGAGACGAUCGAGAAUGUGGGCAGAAGGCAGGUGACAUUUUCGAAGAGGCGUGUUGGUUUGAUGAAGAAAGCUCGGGAACUCUCGAUUCUCUGUGAUGCUGAAAUUGCUGUCAUCAUUUUCUCUAGCACUGGCAGGCUUUUCCAGUAUGCUAGUUCCAGUAUGCUUCAAACACUUUCAAGAUACAACGAAUGGCUUGAAUCGUCUGUCUCUGAAGAAGAGUCUGAAGUAUUGGAGGAGGAGGUUCAGGACUCGGAGUUUCAGAAAGUGCAGUUUGAAGAUCUCAAGUCAGAAUACAUGAAGAUUAUGGAAAAGGCCCUUACUGACUUGGACUUCAAAGAAUUGCAGCAGUUAGAGAGGCUUAUGACUGAAGGCUUAUUAUCUGUGAAGGAGAAAAAGGAGCAAUUGCUAGAGGAGAAACUGGAACAAUUAAUAAACAAGGGAAAGGAAGUCAUGCUGGCGAAUGAUAUUUUGCACAGAGAGGUUGAGGAGCUUCUCAGUUUUUUCCCAAAAAAUGCGCCCCCAGUGUCAAAAUACCUUAAUAACCAAAAGCCAAACAAGUAUCAUCUCAUUGAACAUGUGGCCUCAAGUCAGGCCUCAGCAUGUGUACCUGGAACUGAAAUCGAGGAUUCAAUGACAACCUUGUUCCUCGGGGGCUCAGAUAGUGGUCAUCGAAAAAGGAAGACACAGGAGAGAGAGUUUGUCGAGACUGAAAGUCCUGGCACCUCUGCCAGUGAGACUGAGAAAUGAAUCUUGCUUUCUACUUGGUGGCCUAAGACCAUUUAGAAAAUUUACAAGGAGCAUAAGCAGUUUGAGGUGCAACUAGGUGUCGAUGUUUAAACCCGCAACCCCUUCCCCCCACAUUAAUGAUUCUAUGACAUCGUUGUGGAGUCGCAGAUAAUGACCCUAAAAGACUUUCUUGUGGGGAGAUUCAUGAUAAUAAUGUUGACGGUUUGUUUUUAUCAGUUUUAUUUUAAUUUGAGACUUGAGACAGUAAUAUGUAUCCCGUAGUUUACCUGUUUUCUUUGCUAGCUAGACACUAAGGGGUGUUUGGUUCAAUGAGCACGGUUAACAGGAAUCAGAACCUCAAUCACAUACACAAGCAGAGAUUUCCAUACCAUUCUCAUUCCCAAUCACAUGCAUAAGUAGAGAUUUCCAUACCAUUCCCAUUCCCAUACCCCCAUUCUGUUCCCGAUUCCCACUCCCAACCUUAAUCCAAACCUCCAUUCUUGUUCCCGAUUCUCACUCCCAACCUUAAUCCAAACGCCCCCUAAUUUUUACCAAAUCUAGGUAUCGUGGUUGUUAUAGUGUCCGUGGUAUGGUUUUUAUUAAGGGUUUUGCAGUUCCAUCAUCCCACUUUAAACAGUUGAGGUGAGCCAUAAUAAGCCCAGAACAGCUCUUUCCCAUCUCUUUCCAGUCUUCUCAUCUGAAAACGAAAACUACCAUGGUACAAGACCACCAGGAAAUUAGCUUGCAACCCUUUCUUCCACUCAAUUUAUAAAUGUACUUG